UGAAAAAGAACAAAUAGAAUGUGGUCAUAUUAUAAACUGGGUCUUCUUUUGAAAAACUACCUUUGGAAGAGAGAAUUUUAGUACUAAAAAUUCACACAAAUCUCCUCGAAAAAAAACAACAACACUAUUUGAAAGCCUUCUCUGCAUUCCAAAUAUGAUUUAGACGCAGAUGAUAUUUAUUCGCCACAUAAUAUCUUAGAAUCCAUGGAGAAUGUUAAUCCGCCUAACCUGCUAAGGCAUCUGGAGAAAGAGUCGGAAGUUCUAACACAAGCACACCAGUCCGUCAAGAAUGAGUUAACAAAACUUCAGGUGGAAGAAGACAUGCUUAUGCAGACGUUUUACAAUAUAUUAUCUGCUCAAGGAUUAUUAAGAAGGAGAGAAAAUAUGAAUGUGCUAGAUAUGUGCCAAAACCAAGUGCCUGAGGAAUUUCCUUCAAGACAAAGGGAGCAGAAUGGACUUCAAAAUGGCGUGUCAAGGUCGUUGGCAAUUGUAUGUGCAGAACCUGAAAACGGGGUUCUGGAGGGAAGAGAAAUAGAAAGUAACAAUAGUCGGGCACCAUUGUUAUUAUUACCGGCAGAAAGUCAGGACAAUAGUUGGUCUCAGGGGAAUACUAAUUGAAAUAAUUUUUAAAUGAUGGUUACUGUUUUGACGCUGUCUAAGGAUGAAAGAAUGCUUAACAGAGAAGUAAGUGAAGUUGCCAUUACUGGAGUGAUUGAUGCAUACCACAUUCGAAGAAGCAAGGAAUUGUGUUAUUGCAUCAAUCAAAGUUGCGAUAAGUGAGGAAUUUUGACUGUCAGUUGCUCUCCAAUAAUAAAUUUUUUCUCAGAUAGAAUUAAAUCUCAGGUGAAUUGGAAGAAAUUAAAUUGAUCUCUGACCUACUUAGUUCUAAGGAUUUAAUGAAAAUUUCUUUUUUGCCAGUUUCAUUAGAAGUGGUACUUAUGGUUGCCCAUUGUAACUGUAGAGACAAAUCAUUGUUAAUGAGUGCAGAUAUCGCUGAUCAAUGAACAAUCAUUUUUAACAUGGUUUAGAUAUCA